AAACAUUUUAAACUUUUUACUAUUUACUUCUAUUAGAACUAGUUACUUGAUUCGUGUGCAUAGAACAGGGGCAAAAUAAUUACUAUAAUAUUUGUAUUGCACGGUUGGCCACAUUGAAUUUUGCUUUAUCAGUCAAUUAAAAUAUCAGAACUUGUUAAAAAAAUCAACAAAAGCAGACUACAGAAUAAUGAAGUGAACGUGAAGUGACCGUAGGAGGAAGGUGAGAUAGUCUUAACGUGAUGAAGGAAUUACUAGAAGUGUAACUGUGAAGCUACCAGACUGCAUAAGAAUCCACUCAUGCAGUGUUAUCCAGAUUUAAACCUCCAGUGCUGUGAUUGUAAGUCGACCUUUACAUCUGCGUUCAAGUUGCUACAACAUUUUGCUGAUCAUGUUCAGAAGGAAGCCAAGGACAGACACAAAAAGAAACGUCACCUCCCCAGGGAACAGGUGAGCCAGGCCGAGUCAGGCUCCGAGUCAAGCCUGAGUCGUCAUGAGAGCACUCUGUCUGCGUCCGACUCGUGCAGCGAGUCGAGUCAGUCCUGCAAGUUGGCAAAGUUCGAUCUACAACAGCGACUCGAAUCUUGUGUCAAGCAAGAGGACGAUGUCAAGGAGGAGCAAGAUGAGCUCUCCGACUCCUCACCGGACACCAAAGUGGAGGAAUACAGUCCUCUAAAAUUCUGCAUGAUCACCAUGGAGGAAAGUGAUGACAAGUCCAACCCAAACAGUAGUCCAAAAAAAGUAGCUAGUCGUAAACAGUUGUUACCAAAGAAGAUCGAGAGAAAGGUCGAAGGACUGAGAAAGUUGGCUCCGAAACCGGAAAACCCCGUCUCCACAGACCUCGCCCUGCAGUCUCCAGGGAAGAAGAAGUACGCCUGCCAUCUUUGCACCAAAGUGUUCGGUUGGUCCACCGAUCUCAAAAGGCACAUCUUGGUGCACACCGGCGAGAGACCUUUCAAGUGCAAAAACUGCCAAGCCACGUUUACACGUAACUUUCUUCUGCAAAAGCACCAGUCCAAAGUCCACCCGUGCAAGCCUAAAGAGUCGGCUGGGAAACCUGAAAUGGUCGAAAUACCAAAAAAUACCACUGUAACUCAAAGUAACAAAUCGGAUAUUGACAAUGUGAAAGAGAAACCUGCUGAAAAUAACGAAUGUGAUGACGACGAGGACGAAGAUAAGUUGAUCAUAACGGAAGAAAUAGAAGAGAAGUUACCAAGCCCUUCGUUAUCCAACAGUACUUCGGAUUCCAAAUGGCAUCUCAUGGCAACAAACGCAGACAGGAGAUGUUCCGACCUGAAGCAAAAGGACUUGUUUCACAUAACACCUGUUAAAGUAUUAACAAUGUAAGUAUUGUUACAUUAGUAUUUUGGAACUCUACUUUCAAGCAUUUGACAAUACCAGUUAUUACUUAGUAUUUUCCUACUGAAUAAGCUAGUUUUGUGAAGCUCAUGGGGUAGUUUGUUUUAUAUUAGUGUGGAAAUAGUUUUUAUACUGUAAAUAAGUAGUAAAGUCCAAUACUGAUUAUAGAUUGUAUCGAACGUACUAAAUCAGCAGGGACAAAAAUAUUUAAAUAAUUUAUCACAGUAAAGUGUCUGUUAGCUAAUGUCCCUUCUGUAAUGUUUGUUAUUUGAUUUUUAAAGAGUUUAUUUAUUGCUAUACAUGUACCACAAACAAGACAAUAAUCUAGUUUGGAACUAUUGAAUGUUGUAUUUAUUAUAUAGAUUCGGUCAAAAGUUUACAAAUUUUUGUACGGACAAAUAAAUAUCUUUACAUGCAUUGUGACUUCAGCACAUAGUGCCAAAUUAAAUAGUUUGUACGA